AUGAUUGUAGAAGAGAUUGUGGCAUGUCCAAAUAGUGUUGAUACUUACUGGGAGAUUGAGCCUGAACAAUUAAACAAGAUAUACGAGCUUUGCGGAUCUCCUGAUGAGAUUAACUGGCCUGGAGUUUCCAAGAUUCCUUGGUAUAACAAGUUCAAACCAGCAAGGUCAAUGAGGAGACGAGUUAGGGAGGUUUUCAGACAUUUCGAUCGCCAUGCUCUGGAUUUACUGGAUAAAAUGCUUAGUCUUGAUCCAUCUCUGAGAAUAUCUGCAAAGGAUGCACUUGAUGCUGAAUAUUUCUGGACUGAUCCCUUGCCUUGUGAUCCCAAGAGUUUGCCUAAAUAUGAAUCCUCGCAUGAGUUCCAGACAAAGAAAAAAAGACAACAGCAGAGACAAAAUGAAGAAAUAGCAAAGAGACAGAAACUGCAUCACCCACAACAGCAUGCACGCCUGCCUCCCAUCCAACAAACUGGGCAAGCUCCUCCUCCAUAUUGGUCUGGACCUAAUCAUCUCGUGAACAAUUCCCAGCCUCCACUUCAUCAUCAGUACGGAAAGCCUCGUGGUCCUCCUGGAGGGCCUAAUAGGUAUCCUCCAAGUGGAAACCCCAGUGGCGGGUAUUAUCCAGAUCCAGGGGGUCAAGGUGGGGGGUAUAGUGGUGGGUCAUAUCCAUCUCAGGGACGGGGACCAUAUCCUGGAAGCAAUGUGCCCACUAAUGGUCCCCAAGGAGCCACGGGUGGUUAUGGAGUUGGCCCUCCUAACUAUCCCCAAAGUGGUCAGUACGGAGGCUCUGGUGCUAACAGAGGUCCUAAUCCAAUGGCCAGUAGUCGAAAUCAGCAGUAUGGUUGGCAGCAAUAGACAUUGUGAACCAAUAUAAAUGUAGAUGAUACACUGACAAAUAGUAGGGGAUCCAAUGAGAAAAGAAAGCAUUGUUGGAAAUUCAGCUUUAGUUUCGGGGACUUCUCAGAUUAGGAACUUGUGAGUGGACAUGUAGACUUGUUAGUUGAGCUCUGAUAUUGAAAACAAAAAAAGUUUCAUUUGUGACAUUACAAGUUGAAAAUGUUGGCAAUGUAAAACUGCGUGGCUUUGGUUUCUGAGGCCUGGUUCAGUGGUUCUUCAUUUGCCGAUAAGAAUGACAAGGCUUGGAUCCUGGUGCCUGUAUCACUACAUACAUUAUUGCCAGGUAUGUUGCUUAUUAAUGGUGGUAGAGAAGUGUUUCAGCUGAGCAAAGUUUUUCUUGUAAAUUUUUUUUAGAGGCUACUUACUUUUUCUUGGUUGUCGGACCAUGACAAGUGGCAAUGUGUCUCGGGUCUUGAAUUGAUAGCAAGAUUGUUUAUCAUUCAUCUCUUUCAGAUCCCAUCAUAAUCAAGAGUCACAUUGUAAACUUGUUAUGAUAGAGGGGACAAAGUUGCAGUAGAUCAUACAUUUCCGAAUUAUUUGGCAUGGCCUCAUAACUUUGGGUGUAGCUGCAAAAUUUUAUUGUAGACAUGGCAACAGGCUGGUUUGGAGGGGACAUGUUUGUGGUCAUUCACAUACAACUC